UUUUUUGUUUGUUUUUGCUAGCAGUAAUCUAUGUUUGUGCUGUGUUACGUUCAUUUAACAAUAAGUUGUGAGAUAUGGCCAACUCGAGUUUCCGUACUUUGUGCUAAAUCAAUUUUUUUUUCUUUACUGGAGUUAAAUUCAGACGUUUCGUCUUUCUGAGUAGACAAUAUCUAGAUCUAUAUAGUGUUUAGUAAAUGUGAUGAUCUAUUUUUGUAGUCUUUCUAUUUCAUCAGGUUUCACUUACUCCAGCGUGCAACCUUGACCGUGAAUUCAGCAAUGUCGAGGUCAUCUCUACUAGGUCUACUUCAGCGUGUAACUUCAAUUCUCAAAAGCAACAUUAGUAACGGGUCAAGGUGUUACAGACGGUCAUUGGGUACUGUAGCUAAUGGUCAGAUAAGGAAAGCCGUGCAAUCAGAUUUCGACUUGGUGGUAGCUAUUGACUACGACAUCUACGCCGGUCGAGAUUUUCUACCCUUUUUGUAUCCGGCGUUCAUCCAGAAUCCAAACAUCCAUUCCUUCGUUUAUGAAAUUAAUAAAAAUGUGGUUGCCUUCGAAGCUGCUCGUGUUGUUGAUGGGGGAAUCACCAUAGUUACUUGCGGUUCCAGGGUCAAGGUCGAAUACAAAGAUGCAAACAUUUCUAAGCAAUUUAGAGAUUACAUCAAGGAAAAAUUAACCAGUAAAUAUCCAAUCAAAUUCAUCGCCUCGACUACGUCCAAUACUUCCGGUCUUGAUUCAAACCCAUCAUUCCUUAAGUCCAACAAGGAAGUUCUUAGAAGGAGUGUCCACAUGUUUCCAUACCAAACAUCAGAGAUAGACGUCCCAGAGCAAGAUGAUUUCUCUGCUACCAAAGUGAGCCAACUGACUGCUUCUCAAUUUUGUGACAUCUUUCAAAAGCAACCACUACGACAGUAUUUGUUUCCACGAGACAGAUUGAUCGUCAACGCUAUUCCUUUCCGGCCACUGCCAGAGAAUUUAGAAUUAAUUCAAGCCGAAAAUCCUUUCAUUCUCAUGUCUGACAAGGUAAAGUCAGGACCGUCGCCACCAUGCCAGGGCCUCGUUUCCAUGACAACAUGGUUUUCCUACAAAGACGCCAUCUGCGUUGACCUGGAGUUCUACGGCUGCUCCAACAACUUCCCGGAGAUAUGCAAUCACAUCCGGCAACACCUAGCUCAUGUCCGCCACCUUGCGCCGAAGGGUCACGUCAUGGUGCCGCACUCGUACACGAUCAGCAGUGACGCCCUACUCUGCGCCUUCUCCCGCUUUGGUUUGGCCCCGGCUGACUCCCAGCUUAAGACCCAAUAUCUGUUCGAAGAGAGUAUUAGCAAAGCGUGACAUCCUUGAAUGGCUUCAAUCGCAUUCGUGUAUUAUAAACAUCAGUCGCUGUCUUUUGAUUGCACAUGACAUGAACUAGAGAGGCAUUGGAGAUUGUCACACUAACAAGUUACCACUGUAACCUGCUCUUUGUUUAGACCUACUCGUUAAUCUUUUAACAUCCAAUCUACGAUUUUAAGCCAAAAGAGUAUAGCAGUAGCAAGUAGGAAAUGGAAAAAAAGAGCAAGCAAUAAGAAGAAAUGUGGUGGAAAUACAGUGGAAGCUAAAUAAAAACUAAGAAAAUGGAAAGAAGAUUUGGACAUGUUUUGAUCUAAAUUGACAAAAUAAACAAUGUCAAGGUUACCAUAUUGAAUGCACAAAUAAACAUCUUUUUAAUACAUGAAUACGAUGCAGCUCUUAAUUUAAAAAAAAAAAUUGAAAGGCCACUGCAGCAAACUUAGGCCUAAUAUUACAGAUUACUUUGAGCUCCAAAGUGCACACAAAAAUUACUAUAUGUGUUUUAGAUACUUCUAUAUUCUGUACACCAGAUAAUCCAACAAGCUUGAUAUUUAUUGAUAUAAGAAAAUCGCUAAUAGAAAUCAGAUGUGCCAGAAAAAAAUAACAUAUUGCAAGCGAUGGUGGAUAAAUAUAGUAGGCCUACUUUUAAAAAAAUACUUCUUGUUUACAUCUUGUCAUAAAGUUAAGGCUUAACACUUGCCUGAUUGCCAUGGAAAAUAUAAUAAUAAGUCGUAUAGGCCUAAAUGUUUACUGCUUUCCUUUUUUUCAACAUACUAAUGCUGAUGCCAGCAUGAAAUAAAAAAAAAACACAUUUUGGAAGCGCCCCUCCCAUUGGUCGCCUUCUUCCAUGCCUAAGUUGAGUAGCGAUCUACUGUUGUCGACAGUGUGUGCAAUUUAUAGGCUAUACACACUAUUAACUGAUAAUUUAUAUUAAGCUAUAUGCUAUAUAUGAUAACUAUUGAUAAUUUAACUAUUUUAUAUAGUCACGACUAAAACUCCGCUAAAUAUUUUUUUUAAAUAGCAGAUUUGCAAUGGUUGACUUAUAAUGAAAAUAAAAAUAAAUAAUUUGCACAAACUAAAUGGAAGGGACACAAUCGGUUAUAGCGUUUUCCAUCUUACACAAUGCCCCAUUCUUUUUUUUUCCACCGUUGAUCUAAACGAGUAUCUUCUUCACUCCAGUUUUAAAACGAGGCUUUAAAGCACAAUAAGGUCACAAUGUACUUUUUAAUUCGCACAUGAUCAGUUUUGUUUAUUGUGUCAUGUUUUGUUUCAACAAUGUUUUACUUCUUCCUUGUCCAAACCUCCUGCAGGGCGCUACAACACGACCAGCCACCCUAUAUUUGUAGUAUAAUUGUCAUUCAUGUAUGAAGUAUAAUUUUAAAAACAUGUCUGUAGUCAAAGGAAUUAAUGUUUCAUACUAGUUAAUUAUGUCUUUUGUUAGAGUCGCAAAAAUAUUCCAGAUUUUUUACAACUAAUUUAUAAGCAUGGUGUUAGUCUUAUAAUAAAACAUGUGGUAUUUAAAUAAUAA